CCCACAUUUGAGAUUAAAUAAGACAGCGACACUCGGCUUCAUUCGUGCAGCACUCCUAUCCUUCCUUGCUUACCGCAUUAACAAAUCUCUUACCAUCGUUGUUGCCGGUUCUUAUCUCAACAUGAACGCUAUCUCCUUCCGCUUUCUCCCACAACUCGUCUUUAGGCCGAUUUCAAUGCAAUCAUUACCACCUUCCCUUAGCACUAGACCUAAUGAAACUAAGUCCCAAGCUUCUAAUAUCCAAAGUCCACCACUAACUGUUCUCUCCUCAUCCAUUGGUGCCACGGUGAACACACGUAUAUUCGAUACGUUCGAAGAUAUUAUCCACAACUUCAUAGACCCUCCUCCUCUCCCUGCAGUUGAUCCCAGGCUUGUGCUGUCGGGCAACUUUGCACCUGUUAAUGAGCUCCCUCCAACAGAGUGUGAGGUGAUACAGGGAGCCCUUCCUUCAUGCCUAGACGGUGCGUACAUACGCAAUGGCCCCAAUCCACAGUACUUCCCUCGCGGCUCCUACCAACUGUUUGAUGGUGAUGGCAUGCUUCACUCCCUUAGAAUUUCCCAAGGCAGAGCCACUCUUUGCAGCCGUCAUGUCAAGACAUACAAGUAUACCACCGAGCGAAAUUUGGGGUCUCCGAUUGUUCCCAAUUUGUUUUCAAGCUUCACCAGCCUUCCCGCUUGCAUUGCUCGUGGUUUUCUUUUGGCAGCUAGGAUUAUAAUCGGUCUCUAUGAUCCUACAAAUGGCAUUGGUGUUGCUAACACUAGUUUGGCCUUGUUCGGCAAUCGUCUAUACGCGCUCUGCGAGAGUGAUUUACCAUAUGCUGUACGCUUGACGUCCGAUGGUGAUAUAGAGACAUUAGGUCGCCAUGACUUUGGUGGAACACUGUUAACUAACAUGACCGCUCACCCCAAGGUAGACCCCGAUAGCGGCGAGGCUUUCGGUUUCCGAUAUGGUCCGAUUCGUCCAUUUCUAACUUACUUUUACUUCGAUGCAAACGGAAACAAACACCCAGAUGUGCACAUUAUGUCUAUGCCACAUCCAACUUUCGUCCAUGAUUUCGCAAUAACGAAGAAGUACGCCUUAUUUCCCGACAUACAAAUGAGAAUGAAAAAGCCUAUAGAAAUGAUUUUCCAAGGAGGGAAUCCUAUGGUUUCAGAUCCAACCAAAGUGGCAAGAGUUGGAGUCAUCCCUAGGUACGCCAAAAACGAGUCAGAAAUGAGAUGGUUCAACUUGCCAGGGUUCAACCCUAUGCAUUUCGUGAAUGCUUGGGAGGAGGACGAUGGGAAUGCAAUAGUUAUGUUAGCAUCAAGCGUAACAUCAAUAGAACAUGCAUUGCAGAGAUUUGACCUUGUUCGGAACAGGAUGGAGAAAGUUCAAAUCAACGUAAACACAGGGAUGGUGAUGAGGCAACCGAUCUCAUCAAGGAAUCUGGACUUGGCAGUGAUAAACCCAUCGUACUUGGCAAAAAAGAACAAGUAUGUGUACUCUGGUGUUGGUGAGCCAUUGCCGAAAAUGUCGGGAGUUGUGAAGCUAGAUUUGUCCAAAGGAGAGUCCAAGGACUGUACGGUGGCAAGCAGGAUGUACGGGCCAGGAUGUUACGGUGGAGAGCCCUUCUUUGUUGCGAAGGAAGCCGAGAAUUCGGAGGAUGAUGGGUAUUUGUUGACCUAUGUUCAUGAUGAGAACACGGGAGAAUCAAGGUUCCUGGUGAUGGAUGCGAAGUCGCCCGAUCUUGACAUUGUGGCUACCGUGAAGCUGCCACAGCGCGUUCCCUAUGGCUUCCAUGGACUUUUUGUCAAGGAAAGUGAACUCAACAAAUUUUAGGGCUAUAUAUAUAUUACCGAACCAAUAAUCUCUUUCUGAUACAAAUAUAUUAUGUUAUUGUGGUCUGUUUUCUUUACUGCAAUUGUGGACUGCAUAUAUUUUCACAACACACCAUCUGUUUAAAGUAGCUUCAAUGUCAACCUCAAAUUACAACUUCUCAGUCAUUAGUAUUCCAA